GUUACAGUGAAGUUUUUAAUCGUUUCGGACAGUGAGACUCGGAUGCGUUAAAAGUUUUAUUUUUGAGACCGUGACUAUUUUUCGUUGGUUUGCAGUUGUAGCUUCAGGUUUUUGAUACUUUUGCUGAUUUUUAUCUUUUUAUAGAGGUGUCCGUGCACCUUUUUGACUCUCAUAUUCUUUUUUCUCAAGUCGUGGCGCUCGAGAAAAAAACUAGUGUAUACGAUCCCGACAUUUCUUUCAUACGGUAGAAAAAUUGUCAAGAACAGUAAAGAAACUGAUAUUCCCCAUUGAAGCUAAAGGCUUUGCGAACGCACUCAAGGAUGAGUCCUGCAAGGUGGACCACGAACGAGAGGGCUUGUAGUGCGUGCCAGUGGAAGAUGUUGAAGGGCCUAAAGCCACUCCUGUUCCUCUGGUGCCUUUGCGAACGCGUAGUGGGCGCAUAUCUGGCCGGUGAAUCAGCUCAAGUCUGCAGAGGAAAAGACGGAUGUGCAGAUGGUGAAGAGAAAUCUGGCCCAGGAUUUGGAGGGGCCUACCCAACUGAAACGCUGUUGUGGAGUUUCCCAGUGUGGCAAACCGCGGACCCGGUGUAUGCGAACGUAAAGUUACCAAGUUUGCUGACCCCCGUGCUGGACCACCCGAUUUUUCAGAAGCUCCGGGAAGUCAAACAGCUCGGGUAUGCCGACAAGGUCUUCCCCUCUGCCACGCACACACGGUUCGCGCACAGUCUUGGCGUGGCUCACUUGGCUCGCGCCGUGCUCGAACGCGUAGACCAACAACUGCAGCAACUUAUCAUCCUGAGAACAGUUUGUAGUACUACCUUAUUAUGUCUAGUAAUUAUAUGUGCACGUCGAUACGCAUACGACCUAUACACAGUGCUUCGCCAGUCCCUUUUAUUUGCUGUUGUUCGGUUCUUUCUGGCAACGCAAUAAUUGAAUUUGAAAGCAAGACUUUGCCAGCAGUGCAACGUUUUCGCACACAGCUACUGCUUCCUUUGCGACGUAUGCACAUAUCGACAUCUUCAGAAGACUGUAGCUGUUCAAAAUGAAUAUCGAGCGGACGCGAUGCAUCAAGCAAAAGACCAACUGAAUCUGCAACGUAAUGAGAAUGUCGUCCUGCAUGCGCGAAGCGUCGACGUGUUGAGAAUUACUAGAAAGAAGUCCUCUACGCAGGGAAAUAAAGAACGUGCUUGCAAUUGUCAUUGUUGUUGGACACGUACUAUGAAUUUUUCUCUUGGAUACAGGCCGACUCGGUCGCCCGUGGUCCAGUACACCGCGAGUUUGUGGCGAAGCAUAUCCCGGUUGAAAAGCUUCUUCUUGCCGUACAAAUACAAUAGCCGCACCCUGCAUGAUAAUGAUUACAUUUGGACACAUCACAAAUUCUGAGCUACCCGCAGGCCGUGGCCGCUGUAUGUUUGCUGUGGGCUUACAACAAGAGGCUUAUUUUCACCCGGGAUACACGACGUGUAUUCGGACAAAGAUCGGAUCUGCGUUCUAAUCGCAGCACUUUGCCACGACAUCGGCCAUAACCUGUGUAAACGCGUCCCUAUCCCCAGGGUUGUCAUGCAAAUCUGCAAGCCGAAAAGGAAAAUGUUUCUCAUGCGCAGCUCCAAGAGGACGAUUUUGAUUUUCUAAUUCGAUCCGGGAGUUUGUCUUGCUGGAAUAAGGUGGAUAAGGUAGUUGAUUUGUGAUGCGGUACUAGCUAAAUGUCCAACUCGUCAUGCGCAACAGCCACAACUUUAACUUGUUGGUUUGUGUAGCAGAGUCCCCAUCUUGACUCCGGGGUGGGGACGUUUUUUCACAGGAUAGGCCACCCGGCGUUUUCCCACGCAUUUGAGGAGUUCAUGCACGAAAACGGAAAGGAGUUCUCUACUGAAAUGAAAAAUCUCUGCCCCCCGCCAUAUUGAAAAGGUAUCUUCGUGAAAAUUUGUGAUGUAGGUUUGCGGCCACAAAUGUCUGUCUUGCAAGAAGGCAAAUCCAGAUUGUCCCCCGGGUUAUGCCGUCGAUAUGUAAUGCAACUGAUUUGCGGGACCUCCAUCUGAUUUGUGCACAUAAAAAUAAAAUGCGGGACUUCAAAAAGAAUAAGUGGUGGGGGGGGGGUUUGCACUUUGAUACUCUCGCACGAGGUCGCGUCGAACAAGCUUCUGACCGUGCUCUGGCAGGACGUUCGCGGCGAGUUGGAGUCUCUAUACAAUCAGUUCCGACGGAAAAUCAAAAUUAUGAACUGUAGUCGUGGUCGUGGAACUUUUCAAAAUGAGACAGGCUUGUUGUGCGAACUACAACAUCAGAUGCAUCAACAAUGCCAAAGGUGCUACUGUGGCAGUGCUGCAGUGCCUCUUUACCAUGGAUGCUGGGUUUUGUCAUUUAUCCCUAAUAUUUCUACUUCGCAAUUACAACAGAGAGCCAGCUCUCCUUUGUCAUUUCCCCAUGUCACGCUGGCAUAUAAUACGGCGCAAGGUUUCCGGCAAUGCAGUUCACCGAAUUGGAUCUCGUGUACAUCCAGGUAGGAUAGGGUAUUUUUGCAUUUUACGCAUCUACUCAAACUCUGCUGCCAAUUUGUGGGAGUUCGUGUAUUUCGCUGACAUCAAAAGUGCAAUUUAUAGAUCCAGCGUGAAUUGCUGGACUAGAAGUUUCUUUGUCUGUCAGUAGCUCCUAUGUUACCUUUCGCAUUUUUAUGUACCACGCUCUUGCUUUGACAGGAACUGAUCGAACUUCCGGGGAAGAAAAAGUUACGGGCGAGUCUGCUCGAGGGGAGAAUCUGGGAGGACUGGCCGCGGUACGUGAGGGGGCGAGCCAUUACCCACGCCUGGACCUACGAGAUUGUGUCAAACUGGCGCGGCGGGUUGGACGUGGAUCGUCUGGACUACUUCGUCCGCGAUCCGAAGUCUCUCGGGCUCGAGGGCUGCCCUGUAGAGUACCAGCGCUACGUGGACUCGCUGCGCCUGGUCGCGCUUCCAGCAGCGGGGCAGCUGCCUGGCUGGGGAUGCCCCUCCUCCUCAGCCUCCUCGUCGUGUUCCGCGUCGGAAGAACAGGAGGCAUAUGCGCCGGAUCUUGCUGCACCAGCCACCCAGCCACGAGAACAACAACAACAAGAAGACGAAACGGCGCUGGAGCUGCCGUCGUGGUUGCCCGACCUCCCAGGCUCCGGAGAAGAGUCCGCUCUCUUCGAAGAGACGCAAGAACAGCACGCGCGGCUGUUUCAAGAGGACUCCCAAUCCACGCAGUUUAUUCUAUCGCUCGCGACACCCGACAAGGAUAUCUGCGCACUGCGGUACUCAAUCUUUCAGUGGAGAAUGCAAGUGUAUCCUCGGACCUACCGACACCCUGACGUGGCGAAAUACGAGAAGUGUCUUCUGCGGGCGAUGCGAAUGCUCACCGUACCGUCAGCUUCCGGGGCGCGGACUUGUCCUCUACCCGCCGGUACUUGUGUAGUUUCUUUUUUUUUCAAUUGCAGGUUUUAAAAAGAGCCAGUGCAAGUGCUCUACUUUGCGGCGCCCGUCUUGAUGAUCAAAACCUUGUUUCUUUACUAGUGGGUCGUUUCAUAUUGUUUCACCGAAAAGCUGAUCGUUGUUCGCACUGCACAUCAUCCACAUGCGUGCAACUAAAUUACCACACCAGGUGCAGUGGCUAGCACAUCACCAGCGGAUGCGUCUUCAUGGUUGUUCGAAGCUGCAAAGCUGGACGCCGAUUUCGAUUACGAGAAGUAUCUGAAGUAUGCAAAUGUCAGGUGGCAGAGAAAUGGUCUUCUUGGAAAGUAACGCUUGCUUCACCACUUCAGCGAAGAAAGCAAUCGCCUUGCAAGAAAAGAAACAAGAAAGAAUUUCAAGCCCAACAAAGUGAAGAUGCACUCUGAAGUGCAUACGAGGAAAACUGUCUUUCUAAAUGCCCAUGAUCAAUGCAUAGAAUACAAGUUAGGCAUCCAUGAUUUUCGUCAUGCGCCGGCUUGUGGUGCGGAGAUUUGUCUUUUUGCUUGAGAAAUCAUUUCCCACCUGACGCUGUCAUACGAGGUUGACGGACGGACGCGUGCAGACCCUGAUCCAGGACCAUCCGCGUGCUGGAGCCUAGUAUCAUUUGCAAAAGUAGUGUAGUGCUUAUGAUUGGUUGUGUCAUGCCUCCACUCUUCAGCAUUUUCGCAGCCUGGUACGUACCACGAUGUUACUCAAAUGGUACAUAUCUUCGCACGAAGAUCUGACGCAUGACACGAGUUGGAACAAAAGAAUACUAUGGAGACAACGGGUUCUUGAGUUCGGCUGGAAUUUUAGUUUGCAUAUGCCAGACGGACCGUGGUAGUGGUAGUUACAAAGCGCCGGUUAUUGAUCGUGGACCACUUUCGUACAUAGUAAGUUACAGACGUUUUCUUCUUGAUUUUCUGAAAGACAGAAGGAAAACCAGUGCGAAGACCGCUGAAGAGAGAGGCUGUAAUAAAUCAUUACCUUGGCACGACAGCACUUGUGCAUGGGAUACUUCCUUCGACUACGCAAUCACGCGACGAGAAAAGGUGUUGGACAUUGGCGGCUUGGAUUUAUUAUCCAAUGUAAAAAUGUCUGGGUCUGGAAGAAUACAAACUUGUGAUGCGCUUUUCAGCACACAGAAAAAUCUCUGAUGCAUAGGUAGCAAAAGCUGCCCACGUUCUGUCACCAAAGUGGGGGAUUUGUCAUGCGGAUUCGGCAUUGCGGAAGCUUUUCGAAACCUGUGAUGCUAGAGCUUCCAUGCCAGACCUUCUGUGUCAUGCAAAAACAGCAUGACUCUUCCAGACCCGGACACUUUUACAUUUGAUAUUUAUCACCGCGAAGAUCGGCCCGCUGUGCAACCGGUGGCGGUUCCGAGCCAGCGGACGUGAAGCAGGUCCACGCCAGUGAGAUUGCGAAGUUGCGAGAGUUCGUGCUGCGGAGGGUGCUGGAGCGAGAUUGGUCGCGGGUUCCGCGGUUCGCGAUGCCUGAGGGCGAGCCGGAGCCAGACGCGCUGGAUUACACCGGAACGGCAAAGUUUGAGAAUUUCAUGGUGGUGUACGACGAAUUCCACCAGGGCAACAAAGAUCGCGACCCCUUGGAGUGCACGGUCUUCUACGAUUCGAAGAGCGCCAGCCCGCCGUGGUUCCCGGGAAGUGCAGCUGGCGGAGCCGCGGACGCAGCGGGGGUCGUGUCACCCGGGUACAUCGAACGGCAAGUCCGUUUUUUGUUCGACCCACCCAAGCGCUGUGGUGCGUGUGAAAAGCGGUUCUUGAUGGAACCAGUCGCAGCCGUUCCAGCAGGAACCGCCUGCACCUGCGACCAGCCGCGCCGCGUCCGCGCGGCACUGUCGCCGCAGGGAUUGAAGAUUUUGCGGAGACGCCUUGCCGCGACAGUCUACGAGUUUAUCAAGGAAAAGACGGACUGGGAGUGCGCCGGUAAAAAUGCGAGGUUAAUAUGAAUGGCACAAGUAUCCGUAAUAUCUUGUUGAAGGCCCUGCACAGGGCACUUUUACAGACUUAUUUGUCCGCUGCUCUACCUUGUUCGACCAGAGACAUAGUCUCCGAGUAUAGUAUUCAGUUUUGAAACACAGCAUGUCAGUAUGUAUUAAGUCAUGCGGGCACGACUUCUUGCAUGUAUACGGUACUUCUGCGCUGCAUAGUUGAGCACGGGCAGCAGCCUUCUGCUCAAGGCGCGCGGUGCAUAUGGCCUGCGGUCGGAAGACGCGGAAGCUGCACUCAAGGUGCCUCUCCGGUCUGCAGUGAGACACAAGACGACGACUGAAGACGGUGCUGCAAGAAAGCGAAGACAAGAAGGAAUCCGUGCGGAACCUCCCAGUCGUGUCAACGAUGAUACAGGUACCGUCAAGAGGCCGAGAAACCACAAAGUAGACGUGAAUACGCAGAGGAACUAAGGGAGUCGUACCCUAAAGGCCGGGGUGCGUUUGCGUGCGCGGAUUAUGGACGACAACACGUAAGUGGGUAGUAAAUACUUGCUUGCUUAUUUUUACGGGUGGCCAUUAGAAGCAUCGCGAUCGCGGACUUGCUUUCCUCGUUCGUGCCGUGUAUUGUGUAAAGACAUAUCGACCUAAUAUCGACCAUCUUUUUUUUCGGCUCUUCUAUAUCUAUUACGAAGGUUUUGAUGUUGUUUGAAUGAUAAUUUUGAAUUUGAUCACCAACAGACCAGCGAAUAACAAGAUUCAACAUUUGAUAAACGAGGCGACCUCAUUUUGACGACGAGGCGAAUAAAAUGCAAAUGGAUAUUGACAAUGUGUGUAUAGACAGAAUUUCAAAUUCAAU